AUGGCUUUCUUUCUCAGGCGCCCGUUCGCCGUUAGUUCGGCGCUUCGUCAAAUCCCCAAAUCUACAAACACUGCUCGAUUCAUCCAUAACUCGCCCUUGAAGCCUUCUCAGGCUAAGCCAACCAGUCCCAUUUCGUCAUCCAUCUUCGCCAAGUCGAGACAGACAUUCCAGAAUGCUUUCCGACGGACCUACAUGCAGCCCUCCUACGGAGCUGCGCAGGGUGGCAACCUUACCCAGCGCCUGGUCUAUGGUGCGGCCAUUGUGGGUGGAACGAUCCUCGCGACAAACAUGAUCUUCAACCGUGAGGGAAGAGAAGAUGGCGGCAUGCCCCACUACGAGCGAAGCUACUUGAACGACACAUUUUUGCACACUGGACUUGGUAUUGGUAUUAUUGGUAUUGCUGCUAGAGCUUUGCACACGAACGGAUUCUCGUAUCGCAUGAUGGCCAUGAACCCUUGGGCGGUUGUUGGUCUUGGUCUUGUUGCAAGCAUUGGCACUAUGUACGGAACUUUCUACACGUCUCCUGACAACUACGUCAUGAAGUAUGGACUCUGGACUGCAUUCAACGUUACUCAGGCUGCUCUUCUUUCUCCCCUGAUGUUCAUGCACCCGGCUCUCCUUGCCCGUGCUGGUCUCUACACUGUCGGAAUGAUGGGCUCGAUUGCUUUCGUCGGAGCUACUGCCAAGCAGGAGAAGUACCUGUACCUCGGUGGUCCUCUCCUUGCUGGUGUCACCAUUGUCGCUCUCUCCGGUUUCGCCCCUAUGGUUCUCCCCGCCACCGCCACUCGCGCCCUGAUGUGGUCUGAGAAGAUCUGGCUGUACGGUGGUCUCGCUGUCUUCGGUGGCUUCACCCUCUACGAUGUCCAGAAGGUCCUGCACCACGCCCGCAUGGCUGAGCGUGGCCUGGUUCGUCGUGACGUUGUCAACGAGAGCGUCAGCCUCGAGUUGGACUUUAUCAACAUCUUCGUCCGUAUGGUCCAGAUCUUGGCCAUGCAGCGCAACAACCGCAAGUAG